AUGCCCCCAGAGACUCAGGGCACGGCUCCCCGCGGCCGAGGAGGGGGAUGUGUCCUGGCGGUGCAGGACAAGCCCCCGGCGCCGCGCGGGUGCCUCCGUGGCCUUGCCAUGGACGUAGAGUUCCCCCCGGUUGUCGAUCUCCUUGUGGGCCAGCGCCGGUUCACGACGGCCCUUUCCACGCUGCGCAAAUUCCCCGACAGCAUGCUGGCCUCCAUGUUUAGCGGCCGCAUCGGGGUGCUGCAGAAGGACGGGGCGUACUUCAUCGACCGCGAGGGGGAGUCCUUUGGCCUCAUCCUGGACUACCUCCGGGACGGUGACGCCGAGCUGCCGGCGGACAUCGGGCGGCUGCGUGGGCUGCUCAGGGACGCUUGCUUCUUCGGGCUGUCGGGGCUUCAGGAGCUUAUAGCUGCAAAGCUCGCGCGGGUAGAGGUGGUGAUUGAAGCGUCCACUGGUGACUUCAACUGCACCGACGAGCAGUGCAACUGCGGGGGCGACAACAUGUCGCCGCGGGAGAUGUUCCUGCACAAUCCGCACCAGAUGCUGCACCCCCGGAAUAAGCAGGUUCCCGUGGUAGAUACGCCGUUCCUGACUCUGGAGGUCGCUCUCCAGAUCUGUGGAGGAGGCCCUGCCGACGAGCCCGGCGGCCUCGAGGCCGCCCAGGAGGCCUUGCUGCCCAUCCUCCGCCGGCGCUUCGCGCAGCCUGGCCCCGCGGGGCCAGCGUGGAAGGAGGAGGCAGAGGUGGCCGCGCAGGUCCGCAACCACCUCCUGCUGCUCGCGAGGGAGAGCAAGGUCAUGCAGUGCGAAUUCGUGGAGAACGUCCUGGAGUACGACAUCGGGGACGAGGCCGCAGACGAGGUCGACUGGGUCACACACCACAGGGCCUAUCGGGGAGCGACAUGCGCGGCGCCGACGCGCUCGAUGGGCAGAAGGCACACCGCGUCCGACCACGCAGAACAUCCCGCCGCGUGCCCGGCGUGUGCAUGCGCUUGCGGCAGUUCGUGA